AAAAACUCAAAUCUCAAAUUCUCAACCACACACAAGCAGACUUUUUGAUUAAACAAAACACAAGUGAAUAAGAAGUAGACGCAGACAAAAUAUUCACAAAAUAAGCGCCUCCUAAACAGCGGCGAUUACAUAUAGCCAGAUAGGAUUUGUUCCCAACUUUUUUUUUAAUACAAAUUACAGAUAGGAUUCUUUCCAAAACCAAAAUGUCCUUUCCUAAAAAAAAAUAACCAUAAAAUCAAUAUUGGUAGUGCUAGUAUUUAGUGCUCCUUCACCUCCAUAAUUCACUCAUUUUCAUUUCUUCUCCCUACUCCACACUCAACAAUAACUCACCUUCAUCUUAGCUUUCCUUCUCUCAAAAACGACGAAUCUAACGUGGGUUCAGUGAGUUCAACUGCAGUACAUACAUGGAUCCAUGUCCAUUUGCACGACUAAUAAUCGAGUCGUUAGCACUCCAGCUCCCGCUAGGAGGAAAACCAUCAGCGGGAGCUGGGGUGCACCCUAGUACAACUCCAUGUUAUUGUAAAAUAACAUUAAAGGGGUUUCCUUCGGAAACUGCUUUACUCCCUCUUUCACCUGGGGGAGAAGGUCCCUCUCCCCCAGAGUCCACCACUAGUGCCCCAGAGUUUCAUUUAGACUCUGGGGCACUAAGGCGGAUGGCAGGUAGGCCUAUUUCGCUCCGAGUAUGUAUAUACUCGGGGCGAAUGGGCCAAACCUGCGGAGUUACAUCCGGCAAACUAAUUGGCCGGAUUAACUUAUGUGUAGACGUAAAAGGAGCUGAGGUUAAACCCAUUGUUUUCCAUUCUGGGUGGAUGGGACUCGAGAAAAACAAUGGUGGUCACGCUAAGUUACAUUUAGUGGUACGAUCUGAACCGGAUCCUCGAUUUAUUUUUCAAUUUGGUGGUGAACCGGAAUGUAGCCCUGUUGUUUUUCAGAUCCAAGGAAACAUCCGUCAGCCUGUUUUCAGCUGUAAAUUUAGCGCAGACAGGAACUCCCGCUCUCGAUCUCUUCCAGCAAAUUUUGCCAUUAGCAACAAUAACAAUAACAAUAGGAAAUGGAUGGUGAGGAGUCUCUCUGGAGAAAAAGAUAAGCCAGCAAGGGAGCGAAAGGGGUGGAUGAUAAUGAUCUACGAUCUUUCUGGAUCUCCGGUUGCAGCAGCAUCAGUCAUCACUCCUUUCGUCCCAUCUCCAGGAUCUGACCGAGUGUCUCGGUCAAAUCCUGGAGCGUGGCUCAUCCUCCGACCCCACGGUUCCCAUGUUAAUAAUUGGAAACCAUGGGGCCGGCUUGAGGCCUGGCGCGAGAGAGGCCCAGUCGAUGGGCUAGGUUACAAGUUUGAGCUUGUAACCGAGGAUGGGCCCACUCGUACAGGCAUUCCUAUAGCCGAGGCUACAAUGAGUAUUAAAAAAGGCGGAAAGUUUUGCAUUGAUAAACGUGAUUCCAGCCUCGAAGAGGUAAUGGUGAGGUCACCCGUUCGAGGGUUUGUUAUGGGGUCCACAGUUGAAGGGGAAGGUAAAAUAAGCAAACCAUUGGUCCAAGUUGGCAUGCAACAUGUAACGUGCAUGGCUGAUGCUGGACUCUUUGUAGCUUUAUCAGCUGCCAUUGAUCUUAGCAUGGAUGCAUGUCGACUUUUUUCUCAAAAAUUAAGAAAAGAGCUUUGUUAUGAUGAACAACAUGACCUUUUCUCGUAAUUAAUUUUACAAGACAUCAAUUUCUUCUCCAUAACCUGCAGUGACAACCAAUUUAACUCAAAAACGUCGUUAAUUAUUGGUUUGAGCAUAUGAUUUUUUUCAUUGUGAGGCUUAAAUUAUUCUUUUCUUAUUUUGUUUUUCUACGGCGAAUUUGGAAGAAUUGAAGGUUACUGAUGGAGGAGAUUUUUUUCUCUGAUUAAUUACAGGUGAUUGUUAAUUAUUAUAAGAUGUAAUCUAAUUGACAAUACUUGUACAGAGUGAGGAAUUAAGUUAUGUUUUUUUGUUCAUAUAAUUAAGGAGUUUUGUAUUAUUUUCAGCAUAAUUCUUUGUAGCGCAGCUAUAUAUAUUCUUUGUAGCUUGAUUUCUAUUAAUAUGGUUUGCUUCAAAAUUCUUUUAUAUAUAUACACUAGUGAGUAGUGAUUCUAUUGAUCCA